AUGUCGCUCGACCCGCCGACGUACCUGGCCUCGCUGCAGAGCAACAUCCGCCAGCGCCUCAUCCCCUGGGACGGCGCCGUCCGCGCACGCACCGUAACCGAGGACCAGUACGCCAAGGUCCGCGCCGUCGACAAGGCGAAGAAGCCCGAGCAGCGGAGGGAAGUCGUGGAAGCCGAUCCCGAUGGCUACCGCCUGCUCUUUGUCGGCGACGAGGGCAAGCCGAGCGUCGUUGAAACGGCAGGGAAGAACGCCAACAUCGUUCAGUACAUGCUCGUGCUGCUGGCAGACUUGCUCGAUGGUGAGACGAUGCCCCCGACCGUCCCGUCCCUGGCCAAGUCCCUCUUCAAGACGACCGACCCAUACCGGCAUUUCCUGCCGCUGCUGAACUCCAACACCACCGAAGACACGAUCCCCCUGCUCACCGCGCACGCCCUGACGAGACUCAUGUCUCUUGCGCGGGACGAGUCCCGGGCUACCCUCCAGGCACUGCCCGUGCUGCUCACCUACCUGUCGGGCCUCGCAAAGAGCACCGAUGCCGGCCUGCAGGACAUUGCGGUCCAGGAGUACUCGGCCCUUCUCUUCGGCCACGUCUCGCGUGACCAAUUCUGGAAGCAGCGGAGCGAGACGGUCGGGCCCCUGAUCAAGAUCCUCCAGGCAGCGGCAGGCAUUGGCAACGGAGGCGACUCGGCAGCUAGUCUCUGGAGUGGCAACACCAGCACCCGCAACGCCGGCUUCGAGGGCUCGCUGGGCGGCGGCGUUGGGCUGCAGCUCCUCUAUCACGUCCUGCUGGUGGGGUGGCAGAUGAGCUUCGAGGCCGAGUACGACAUUGUCCUGCUGUAUACUCACCUGCUGCGCCUAUCGCCCAAGGAAAAGACGACGCGGCUCAUACUGUCUACGCUCUACAACCUGCUGGAGGCGAACCAGAAGUCCCUUCUGCCGACGGCUGUCCUCGCGCGGUUGCCGGCUCUGCUUGAGAACCUGACCAGCCGCCACCUCACGGACCCAGAUCUGCUGGAGGACCUGGAGAGCCUCAAGGAGCUCCUGGCCGAAUACACCAAGACCAAGACUACGUUCGACGAGUACGUCGCCGAGGUGCAGGCCGGGCACCUGCGGUGGUCGCCGCCGCACCGGAGCGAGGUGUUUUGGGCGGAGAAUGCGCGCAAGAUCCUCGACUUUGAGAACGGCGAGAUCCCGCGCAAGCUGGCGACCAUCAUGCAGCAGCCGUGGGACAAUGACAAGCAGGUGCUGGCCAUUGCGUGCAACGACAUCGGGUACCUGGUCAAGGAGGUGCCCGAGAGGCGGCACCAGCUGGAGAAGAUUGGGCUGAAGCGACGGGUCAUGGAGCUGAUGCAGUCGGACGACGAGAACGUGAGGUGGGAGAGCCUGCGGGCGCUGGGAGGGUGGCUCAAGUACAGCUUUGAGCAGAAGUAG